UCAAACAUAAUGAAAAAAGACUUACUAGUAGAUGAAUGAUGAACUUUUUAUCUAAUACUUGCUUGCUUUUAUGUAAAAAAAUAUCAUACUAAAAUGUACGGAGCUUUGAACCAGUCACUUACAUGUGAAGGAAACACGCACGUGAUCACAGUCGGAGAUGUUUUUAGAUGUAUUGUCAUCAUAAUCAUUAUGUUGCUGAUCAUAGUCGGGAAUAUUUGCUGCCUUGUCGUGUUCAACAGUCCAAAGACGAAAAAACAGUUUAUGAAGCGAGCUAGAUACAUGAUGACCUCACUGUGUUGCACGGACUUGAGCAUGGGGCUGCUAAUGUGUCCAUCAACAAUCUAUCCAGCUCUCAAACAUUGCUGGCCCUUCGGAGUUUUUAUGUGUAAAUUUGAAGCUCUUCUUAUCUCAGCUUUGUUUCACGAAUCAACAUUAAAUAUGGUGUUAAUAGCUAUUGAUCGUUGCUGUAUCAUACAUUGUUCAAGAUACAACAACAUUAUGACGUCAAAAAGGUUUUUGUUUGUCAUCAUAGGAACCUGGGUGACAGUAUUCACCUGUUAUGCUGUUGUUAUUUUUGGAACAGAUCAAUUUUACUACGACAACAUCGGAACAAACUGCGAGCCGUUUUAUCGAGAGCCAAAAGUAACGCUUACCGUUCUUAGUAUAUUCUAUUUUGUACCAGCAGUUAUAUUUGUUGUCUGUUAUGGUUCGAUAUACAGGACUGCUACACAGAGAAAGGUUUUGACUGUUUCUCCUGACGAUAAGCAUGGUAAAAUGGUAAACGCUAACAUACGGACAUCGAAAUACCUGGCAGCUAUCACGGGUGGAUUCUUCGUCGCUGUCUCACCGUGGACUCUUUGUACGCUCAUUAUCGUUGCCGCUAAUGUAACGCUUCCGGAUGCAGCCGAUUUCUUUGUCACGUGGUUAGCUCUUAGCAACAGUUUCUGGAACUGCCUGAUAUAUGGAUUAAUGAACAGAAAAUUUCGCCGCGCAGCUUUAAAAUUAGCAUGUGGAAAGUGGAUUAAAUCUAUCAAGGAGUCCGUGUACGUAAAAUCGCACGAUGAAAGCAGGGACUUUAGUGAAGAUUCUACAGCAUAUGCUAAUUACAAACGUAGAAUAAGUAACAAGAAGAAGGCCAUGAGUAGAAGUGCCGAUGAGAUGUCAAUUACAGUAACAGGAAGCAUGUCUGCAACAAAUACACCAAACCAUUCUCCUGCAACUAUUCCAAAAAUAGCACAUACUAGAGCACAACAUAAACAAGUAACAGACCUGAUUCAAGAAACUAAAGGACUGUGAGAUUAUUUACAAUAACUUGUGUUAUCUGGCCUCAUUAAGCGGAGGAACACUCCACACAAUGACGAUUUCUCAUUCAUUUUCCAAACGAUAUAAGGACUAUUUCCGGACUGAAUUAGUACAAACGUUAUCUGAUUUUGAUGUUGACGUUUUAAUAACUAUGUAAUUUGAUGAUACGUGUUAAUUGAUAUUGAUUUGUCAUACAUGUAUAACACUUACUCAUUAAAAUGUUUCAUUGCUAUAUUUAUUGUAUUCACAGUAAAUUUGAACUUUGCAUCUUUAAUAGGUCUUUGACUGAUUUAGAUAUGUGUUUAACUUAAGUAUUGGUAGAAAUUCAAACAUAUCAAUAUGUUGAUAUAUUUUGGAACUGAUAAUAAUUUUGUCAAAUAAAAUGCAUUUUCCGAGAACGGAAUUUCAAAUUAGUGCACAAAGAAAUGAUGUUAGGAUAUUGACAAUACAAGUAUAUGGCAUCUGUUUUUGCUUUUUUACAUAUUUGUAAAUAACCAAACAUUAAUUCAUUAAUUAAUGUCGACAUGGCAAAAGAUCUGAAACCUAAAAUGAUUAAUGAAGUUUUCAAUAGGAAGUAUGCAUGGAUUCCUUUCCUUUGUGGAAGUAUUUACUUUUGUGCACUUAUUUCACAAUAUUCAUUUACUUUAUUUGAAGGGGCGUCCGUGGCCGAGUGGUUAAGGUCGUUGACUUCAAACCACUUGCCCCUCACCGCUGUGGGUUCGAAUCCCGACAGGGACUUUGGCUUCUUUUAUGUGAGGAAGCUAUCCAGCUAGCUUACGGAACGUCGGUGGUUCUACUCAGGUGCCCGUUCGUGCCUGAAAUAAUGCACGGAAGGGCACCUGAGGUCUUCCUCCACCAGUAAAGCUGGAACGUCGCGAUAUGACCUAUACUGUGUCGAUGUGACGUAAAAACCCAAAACAAAACAAACAAAAACUUUAUUUGAAGUUUAAUAUUAUCAUUGUACAUUUUGCCGUUUAUGAUACACACUUAUAUGAUAUGAAAGUAAACCCUAUUUCAAUGAAACAUUUUAUCAUAAUUAUGACUCAUAUCAUUACAAUGUAAAAAGUUUUGUUCUGCUGUUUAUGAUUCACAGUGCAUUUUGC